AUAUACGCCAACUGUUUAAUAUGUGGGAAAAUUUAUUGCACGAAAAUAAAAUAUAGGCAAUGCCUUUUUUGUGAGAACCCCUUGUAUGAUUCGUCUCUGAUUAACAAGCUUUUUACCCCGACAGAGGAUAGUGAAAAUACCCACAAGAAGAUCCUUGCAACGAUGAAAAAUUCAAAUCCCUUUCUCUACAAAAACUACUUCGAUCCCAGUAAUGCCUUUCUCAAGAAAGCCUUCAAUCUGAGGGACAAAAUGCUGAAAAAUUCAGCCAACGAGGAACAUACAAAAAUAAUAGACGACAGCAUUGACUGGUUUGAGGAUGACAUCAAAAAGGAGUUUAACAAUCCCGAUGUACAUUUUUCCAAUUAUGACGAUGAAAUAAAAAAUGAAAUAAUAGACAAGUAUUACGAAAUUUUUGGGAAGAAGUAUGGUGAAAUAAACAUCGACAUCGACCUGGUGAACAUGAAAAUAACGGAGAACAAAGACCACGUGAAGAUUCAGCAGUUCAAUGAUUACCUGAACGAACGCGAAAAUGAUUACCGGAAUGAGCUGGCACUGAAGAAGGCGAAUGACAUUAACGCGAGUAAUGUCCACAGUUACCUGGCCAGUAAAGAAAGAAAAAAUUUGAAUUACAUAAAAGAUUUGCGCAAGUUAUUUUUUCGGGACACCUCUCGGAAGGGAGACAUUCCAGGGGGGGGUGCCUCUACCGAUGCGAUUGUCGCGGAUAGCAUAGUGCCACCUACAGAGCGGCAGAAAAAAACCAUCGUACAAAUGAAGAAGGCAAGUAAGAAAUACAAAUGCCAUGUGCUCGGCGAAAGCGAUGAGGAGUACGAACACGUGACGUAA